AUCUAAACACACACUUGAAGUCAGUUCUAUCUUACUACGAAAAACAACAAAAUGUUUAAAAUUUUUGUCUUUUUGUCACUCCUUGCUUUGGCUUUUGCCAAACCCGGCUACAUACACUCAGCUCCUGUUUUAACAUCUUACCAUCAUACCGCCACUGUGCCCGUUGCUCAUGUUAUACGUCCUGUGGUUGCAGCUCACAGUGUUGUUGCCACUCCACUGAUCCAUCAUCAACCAGCUGUUUUACAUGGUGGCUCUUAUCAUGGCUCUUAUCAUCAUGGUCUUUAUUAGAUAAAUUGAUAAUCUAGAUCUAGCGAAAUACUUUUUGUCUAGAUUUUGUAAAAUUGGCUCUGUAAAUUGGAAUAGUGUAUUAAUAAAAUUUGUAUUUGUCUUGUUGUAUUAAUUGGAAAAAUAA